AGGCCUUCACUGCAGGCUGCAGGGGUUGACUUUUAUCAGCAGGAUCCUGACAUUUUAAAGGUUAAGAAGGUGGCCUUAAUAGCUAUGGUGAUAAAUGGCACUGCCAAGGUGGAGAGAAAGUCCAGGAAGAUAUAAAUCAUAGUGGAUGCGGCGGAGCGGUUCCUGGGGCUGAAAGACUUCUCGGCGAAGGAGUUACAUGGAAUAUUGUCACAAGCUGUACCACCCUCUCAGGCCCUACAGCCUGAGAAGGGAGAUAUGCCGACUUGAAAGAAGGAAGACGUGGGAGUUUUGUUUUGUCAAUGUACUACUUUUAUUUGGUUGGAUUAAGUUAGUUUCGCUAUUAUGUAUGGAUUUUCCUUUUACCUUGUUUUGGUUUCAACCCGUCCAGUUACGGUGGAGCAUGUAUUACUACAGUGUGGGCAGUAUCAGAGAGAAAGUAUGAGAUCUACUAUGAGGGAGAAGGGGAUACAGGAAAUUAGUUUAAAGAGUAUAUUGAGUAGAACGUCAUUAGAUAUAGUCUCAAAUGUUUCAUAUUUUUUAAGCGCAACGGGGCUGGCUGGUAGGAUUUGGUUUAUCCGUGUCUCUGGCCCACACUCCAGUACAGUAUGGCGGUAAUGCACCAUUACGUUGGAUGCCAACCGCGGAUAAACACCACUGAAGAAGAACCCGUCCAUAAAAUCCACAGAAACAGGAGACAGAAAAUACAUACCGGAAAUACAAGCAGACAGCCAGACCGGUGCCCCAACAAGUCUGGUUAAUAAUACUUUCCUGUGGACAUUUUAUCUCCACUUCCUAUCGCCAAAAGGACCAACAGCACGGACAACCGGUAAAACUGUUCCAGGUGUGCUUAGUGGAAUGUAACACAGCUUGCUGCUCUGCUUUCUCUGAACUCCAUUUUCGUCUUGAUACUGAUCUUCAGCUGUUGGUUUUCCUUUUGUAUCUAGGAUCGGCAGCCUACAGACUAAGCCAUGACCCAAAGCAGCAUGUCCCGUGAGGAGGCCUACACUGCCCUGAUGAGGGGGGUCAAGGAGCUGGACAUCAGCGAGCCAAACGUACCAAGCGACUUAGUUCUGAUCGGCGACCAAGCCUUCCCACUGGCCAUGAACGCCCGUGGCCAGGUCCUGAUGGCUGCUUCAUUCUACGGCCGAGGCCGAGUGGUGGUGCUGGGCCACGAGGGCUACCUCACCGCCUUUCCUGCCCUGGUGGAGAAUGCCCUGACCUGGCUGACAGACUCCUCCUGUGACAGCACUACCGUGGGCGUCCACCAGAGCUGUAAGGCCGUGGCCGACAACCUGAGCUGCUCCAGCCUCCAACCCAAGGUGGGGGGCUUCUGCGAGGGCCUGGGAGUGUAUGUGACUGAUGCAUACUGCGUGGGCCCAGAGGUGAAUGAGCUGGUGGGCUUCCUGAAGGCAGGGGGCGGGCUGCUGAUGGCUGGCCAGGCGUGGAGCUGGGCGGAGGAACACCCCAAACAGAACACCCUGCUUGGUUUCCCUGGGAACAAGGUGUCCAGCGUGGCUGGCAUCUACUUCUCGGAGCACCUUGGGGAGCUGGGUACCCUCCCUGUGCCUCCACAGAUCCCUUCCAGCUGGCUGACUGUGGCGAUAGGCAAGGACUUCAAGGAUGACUUGGAGUUCCUGCUGGAGGGUGUGACUGAGUUUGAUAUCCAGGGCGGGGCUAUUUGCUCAGAGGUGCUGGUACACGGCCCUCUGGCAUUCCCCAUCGGCACCACACAGGACGGCAGGGCCUUUCUGGCUGGGGCAUACUACGGCCAGGGCCGAGUCAUUGUGGUUUCCCACGAGGGAUACUUGGGCCGAGAGCAGAUGUCCCCCUUCAUGCUCAAUGCCGUGCGCUGGUUAGACGAGGGUCGCAACGGCUUGGUAGGCGUCCUGCCCCAUCUCGGCCACGCCCACACCCUACUGAGCAAGUCGGGCCUGCCCUGUGAGAAGAGCGGCUUCAGGAAGGAGCUCAGUGUCUACGUCUGCACCUCCUACAGCGACGCCCAGGCCGACGAAAUCCAGGACUUUGUGGCUGAGGGCGGAGGCCUGCUGAUCGGGGGCCACGCCUGGUAUUGGGCCCAGUCCAACCCGGGCCAGAACGCCAUGACAGGGUAUGCAGGCAACCACAUCCUCAACAAGAUGGGCCUCAGCCUGUUGGGGAACACUCUGGGCGCAGGCUGCUACAAGGCCCCAGUCCCGGGUCAGACCUGCUCUGAGGGCUUCCACUUCCGCCACCUGCUGCACCGCUUUGCUUGUCACGUGACCCAGGGUGAGACGCUGACGGAUCUUGAGGAGGCAGGUCUGAAGAAGCUUGGCGGCGACUGCGCCAAUUACCUGCACAUGCAGGCACACGACUGUGCCUCGUACACCUCGGUGGUGACCAUGCUCACUGACGUGCUGAAGGAGACGGGCAUCCCCCAGGUGUGCCACAGCUGCCCGGUGAUAAGCCCCAAGGACCACCUGCUGCUCAGUGUGGGCGCGGAGGUGUACAAGGUGUGCCAGGAUCCAGACGCCCUACUGCCUUACCUGAUCAAGGACCAGCCCAUGAUGCCUGCCUUGUCCAAUUCCAGGGUCAGGAUCAACUGUAAUACAGCAGGAGGAGAGCAGUGGCUCAGCACUGGUCUGUACCUUUCCCCUGGGAUGAGGACCUACAUGGCCAUGCCACCAGAAAUCGUCAACCAGGGCUGGAAGGUCCAGAUAGGCUGUCAGACUGACAACAUUGGGAAUGCGAACGAGCUGAGGCGAGCACCAGUGGUUCAUGAGCGCUUCCCCAUAGACUCAGACAUGAUGCAGGUGUGGAACCUGUGGGGUGGUCUCCUCUAUCUCAUCGCCCCUCCUAAGACCCAGGUGGAGGGGGUGGAGGUCAUCAUUCAGGGGGCUGUGCCAGCCCCCUACUACAAGACUGGGGUGACCACACCUGCAGACUGGGCAGUUCUGCGGACCGCCCCUUCCCCCUGGGCAGAGAUGGAGUUUGAGAACAUCAUCCUGACCGUCCACUCUGACGUGGUCCGAGGUCUGGAUCGGCCUGACCUGGUGGCAGCGCUCUGGGAUGACAUCAUGAGGGGGAUAGCUGACCUGGCCGCCAUCCCUGCCAAGUUCCCCCGCAAGGAGCGCUUUGUGGCCGACGUCCAGAUUUCCCAUGGCUUCAUGCAUGCAGGCUACCCUAUCAUGAUACAAUCCUCCUCCGCCCCAGACCUGAUGAACCCUGCGGCAGCCCGCAGCUCGGGCCUGUGGGGAGCCAUCCACGAGCUGGGCCACAACCAGCAGAGAGGAGUCUGGGAGUUCCCCUCGCACACCACUGAGUGCACGUGUAACCUGUGGUCCGUGUACGUGCACGAGGAGGUGUUGGGGGUGAAACGGGAUCAGGCCCACCCCAACAUGACGCUGGCCAAACGGCAGAGCCGUGCCGAGGGGUAUGCUAAAGGGGGCAGGAAUCUGGCCAGCUGGGACAUGUGGGUGGCACUGGAGACCUACAUGCAGCUCCAGGACCAGUUUGGCUGGGACGCCUUCAAGAAGGUGUUUGCUGCCUACCACACCAUGCAGAACGUGCCCAAUGACAACAAGGGCAAGAUGAACCUGUAUGCUGAGACCUUCUCCCUUACGGUCGAGAGGAACCUGGCUCCAUUCUUCAAGGCCUGGGGCUGGCCCAUUGAGCCCGCUACAGAGGAAAAGCUCUCUAACCUGCCGGUGUGGAAUGACCACCCCAUGGCCCAGUAUGGCUGACCUAUAGAGGAGGUCACCCCCUUAUAUUGGGGGUCACAGGUCAGGGAUUGCUGGUGAAGGGUAGGUACCGUUUGGUGAUGGGUGAUGGAGUGGUGACUAGGGCUUUGCAGGCCUGUUGUAGAAAUGCUACUGCAAGAAUCAUGGUUGCGUCUGUUGUGCAAAUGAAUAAAUAAUUGUAACGGUUUCUGAAGUCAUCACAAAGGGCUGGCUGAGGAUAUUGGGGGUCUAUUGUUGGCUAUAAAUGCAACUGUAUAUUCUAGUGCACUUCAGAAGAGUCCUCGCAAGUGCCUUAUUCAUCAGAAGUCGGAUGUUUUACAGGGUCUAUUUCAAUCAAAAUGUAGUUAUGUGAACAGUAAGGCAUCUUAUCCUGAAGUUUCAUGUGUUUCUGAAACUGUAUACAAAGCUAAGGAAAUGUACCUCUUGUUAGAUACUUUAUAUUAUUCUCACUUAUUCCUAGAAAGCACAUAAUAAAGAAUAAUAAAAUGUU